AUGCAACGGCCCAGGGGGAACAACUGCUCCGCCGGUUCUCCAGCCUGUGCUGCAUGUAAAUACCAACGUAGGAAAUGCACCCGUAACUGUCUUUUGGCUCCUUUUUUUCCUGCUCAUCACCAAAAGGAUUUCCUUAAUGCCCACAAACUUUUCGGCGUUAGUAACAUCGUCAAAAUCAUUAGAAACCUCGACCCUCCACAGCGACUCAUUGCCAUGAAAUCAAUUGUUUUUGAAGCAAACACCAGGGCUAACGACCCUGUUGGUGGUUGCUACGGGAUUAUUUCCGACCUGAAAAUGCAGAUUGAUUGGGUCAAGGCUGAGCUUGACCUCGUGCUCCACCAGCUUGCCAUUUGCAAAGCCCAGACUGCUGCUGCUGCUGCUGCUGCCAGUCAACAACAAUCAGGGCAGCAGCAAAUGGUUCAAGUUGGUGAUCAUGAGGCCAAUGCUAUUCAGUGUUUAGAGGGUUUGACGGUAUAUGAUGCCAUGCCGGCUCAUUGUGAAGGAGAGUGUAACCUUGUUCAGGGUAAUUAUGAUGAUGUAGGUGAAGACAUAAAACCGCUUCUUCCGGUGUUUGAAGUCGGAUCGUUUCCUUUUGACUCCAAAGUAUCGAUUCAAUGCAGUGACAAACUUGUGUCAAAGGAAGAGGUUAGGUCAAUCCAACAUGAGCUGAAGCAUGAUCUCAAGUCUGCUGCUUCCCUGUUUACUCUCACAAAUGGCAAGAAUAGAUGAGUUAGAAAAGUCCACAGCUAGCACUGUCUAAAUCUCUUUGUAGUCCUUACUUAGCCUUCCUUUUUUUUCUUGGGUAUCUUUCUCUGUGGUGUAAAAAUGGUGACAGAGGAAAUUGUGCAAAAGGGGCAAAUAUUGUUCAGAGUGUAGCCAAAGUUGUAUUUCUUGUUUCAUAUUAUCCAUACGAGGAAAAUAUUAUGUUUUUACACUGUGUCCCUAAUGCAAAAUAAACAGUGAGGUACAAUUUCUGAUUAUUUUGGUUUUGCCCUUUUGGAAGGCCAUGAAUUACCUCAAGAGUGGGUUAUAAUUCGAGUGGGUGUUGAAAUAAAGACUAGUUUUACUCUUUUGCAAGAAAGGACAAACUAUGACAAGAAGAAAAAGAAUUCCUAGCCGUCUGAGAGAUUUUUGUGGACCACGAAAUUGGGCCUAAUGGUUUAGGUUGGAUUCGGAAAAGAGUAAAGCUAUGCCAUAUUUCUUUUCCUGAUUGGAAACGGCAGCCACUGGACCCCAAAGCCAGCCCAUAGGCA